AUGAAGCGGAAAAAUGUCAAUCGAUGGGAUUUACCUGGUUGGAGAUUUGAGCCAAGCUAUUCUUCACGAACACUAGUUGGUGAUUGGUUGGAGGAAAGAAAAACGCGGUUUACGAAAGGAACAAUGACUUGCGUCACUACGAAUAUGAAAGAUUACAAAACACACGACACUCCUUGCUAUACGAGAGAUUGGAGAGAAAUGUGCGACAACAGAAUAACACAGCAGAGUUUAGUUCUCCAUUUCGCAUGGAAACAACUAAAUAUCAACCAAGAAAAUGGGACAGAAACACACAGCGUUGGAUUCCAGAGCAAAUUGAUUUACCUAUAUCAGACAAAUCUUCGAGAUCUUGCAUUGGCAGAAAAGAAAGACAAGAAACUAGCAGUUUUCCCAACACCGCAAAAAUCACCUUUAAAAACACCAAAACUUAUGUAUAGACAUUUUAAUAAGACAAACUACUAA